CCUCUGAAAACCUUAUUUCACAUGGAGCAGCCCGGAGUUAUCAACCAUUUGCGUAAACGCUGGAUUCAAGUGCUGAGUGGCGGUUAACAGUCUCUGGCGAUAGCAGCAAAACAAGAUAAGAACUGCAGCUCUAGAUAUAUUGCCUUCUGUCUUCGAUGCUAUAUUGUCCUCGUCGGAUAUCAACAUGCAUCAGAAAACCUAACUUUUAUAGAGUUUCUCAUCAGAACGCUGCGCAUUGCUCUUUUCAAAACGGAUAUCUUACUACGGUGUGAUGAAGCACUGAUAUUUUACACCAAAAGUAUUUUGUACCAACAUGUCUAAACCAAUGGAUCACGUAAAACGCCCGAUGAAUGCCUUCAUGGUUUGGUCCAGAGCUCAGAGAAGAAAAAUGGCUCAGGAGAACCCAAAAAUGCACAACUCCGAGAUCAGCAAAAGAUUGGGAGCGGAGUGGAAACUUCUCACCGAGUCAGAGAAAAGGCCAUUCAUUGACGAAGCUAAACGACUGAGAGCCAUGCACAUGAAGGAACACCCUGACUAUAAAUACAGACCUAGGCGGAAGCCAAAGACUCUGAUGAAAAAAGACAAGUUUGCCUUCCCAGUGCCCUACAAUCUUGGAGAGCACGACGCGCUUAAAGUUAGCGGUCUAUCUCAUGGAGCGCUUCACGAGUCCCUAUUAGGGAACCCAGACAAGGCUGCAGCGGCAGCGGCGGCCGCAGCAGCGAGAGUCUUCUUCAACCCGUCCAUGACCACGAACCCCUAUUCAUUUUUUGACCUCGGGUCGAAGAUGUCAGAGCUUUCCUCUCCAUCGUUUCCUUACCCAUCUCUGGGGUAUCCUGGUGGCACGGCUUUCUCUGGAACUGGUAGUGUUGGUGGAACACACACUCACACUCACUCUCAUCCAGCCCCGGGCAACCCAGGCUACAUGAUCCCCUGUAACUGUACGGGCUGGCCCUCUGCGGGUCUUCAGCCACCGCUAGCCUACAUCCUGCUGCCUGGCAUGGGCAAACCUCAACUUGACUACCCUGCAUAUGCAGCGGCAUUAUGAUAGCCUAUAUUGGAUUUAGGAGACGUUUAAAUGUGAAGAAAAAAAUAUUCAUGCAAGAGUUUAUUAUGCAUGCACAAACUUGUACAUGUGAUGAAGUGCUCGUUGUCUCAGAUAUCACAUGUGUAUGUAUAUUGAUUAAUGCCUUUAUCGAAGGUAAUUCUUAUAUAGCGAACUCUCUAAACUAAUAUUCAUACAUCUCCGGGCAAAUCCCAGAGGGUCCGAACAAAAGGAUGGCAGAAAUACUGAACUGGGGAGGAAAAGGGUAGGAGAUCUAUUUGCCCGUGUCAAUGUGAAUACUCAUUUGAAAGGUACCAUAUUUGAUUUAUAUCUGUUGCAAAUGCACCUGCUUGACUUGUUGUUAUCAAGUAGGCCUAGUUUACUGCAUCCCACAACAAAUCAGAUAUAGGUAAACACGAACUGGCCAUAAUUUUCUUCAUAUAUUGUACCUGAUAAUUCAAUAUUGUUUAAAGAGUCUAAUCACUGGCUAUUAUGAUUUAUAUUGUUGGUCAAGAAGGAAUGAUAAUUGUUUGUCCGUCUGGCUUUCUUGUUUCAAUCAGAAUGACAUAAGCCUGUAAAUGUGUACAGAUAAAUGAUGCUAAUAGUUAAUUUGCCAUUAGGCUAGUGCUUGAGAUAGGGCCUGGAACUGACUGGGUUGUUUGAUUAGAAAUCCAGUGUAUAUUUUGAGUUUUUAAACACUGUUUUAUAGAUGUCUGUACUAUUUAUUGUUUAGUGGAAUGAUUAUGGUGACCCUGUCGAUUGAACAGAGGACAUACCUUGUCCUGUAACAUUUGCACAGUAAAUAGGAAGUGCUUAUAUAAUGUAAUUUAUUUUAAAGAAUGACGAGCCCAAAAGUUUUUUAAUUCGACUACAAUCGUUCGCCUUUCUGUCAACAUUGGCAAGACACAAAAUUAUCACUGAUCAUUUUUGAUUCUUGAGACUUGUGCAUUUACGUGCAUAAGGAGCAUCAUUCGUCUUUACUAACUCUUAAUGAAGUUGUCUGUUUUGUGUUUUAUUUAACACCACUUACAUGUACUUUAAACUCUUAAAUGCUAUUCUUUUCAUUUGUUGAACAAAGGAUUAUAAUAAAGCGUAUGCGGACAAACAGAAAGAAUCGCUGUAGUUCUUGU